CCGAUGCUUGCAUGUCGGUUCUUGAAGGAAAUAAACUUGCCGAUUUAAGUGAAGUGGGGUAUACAUCUGUACGAUAUAUACAGCUUGUUUUGGCGACAUGGCAGCUCAAGUUUUAGUGGUCUAAAAUUACCGUGAACAGUUACGAAAUAUUAUUGUAUUUGAAGGGUAUUGACUUAAACAUAGAUAAAAAGUUCAGUAUUGACAAUCCAACUAAUCUCUGUGAAUUUAACUUAGAUAAGUAUCGAAAAAUAAUAAAAAUAAAUCAAAAAAGUUACCGCCAUGCCGUUAACGACUGCCUCUCCAAAACCGCUACAUAAAUAUAUGCUUGGUGCUACGAACAUCGAUGGCAAUGACAGUCCGUACCACAGUCAGUUGAAGCCACAGAGACAAGAACAGGAUCAACAGUUGCAGCAAGAGCACCAAAAGGAUACAGAGAUGCAUCAGUAUGGCACUGUAGCAAGAAGUUCCCCCAAACAUCAGCAAAAACAACAAAAAUACCUAACGAGCAAGCCUUAUCAAGAGCAACAGCAGCAGCAACAGGCGCACCAAGAGACAGAUCGAAUGUCGACAGAAAUUACUGUUACGACAUCAUCUAAUGGCCAGGAUUCAAGGAAUAUGUCAGACCUACUACAGCUGCAACUGCUAUCAGAGCAAUCAGUUAAAUAUGGAAAUAUGGUCUCUCAAGAGACAUUGAAACACUCAAACCAACAGUUUGCAGAACUCACCGCUAAAAUGCCACCAAGUCAACAUAAACAACAACAGCAGUUGCAACAAAAGCAGCGGCAGGAGCAAAGUUGCCAUCCCAUGCAGAAGGUAUUUUCAGUAAAUAAAACACAGCAACAACAACGAAACAGUAUCAAUGCAAUCAAUAGCAAUAAUGGCUAUAGUUACAAUCAUAAAAAGAAAUUACCAAGUCAUUUCAACAACAUUAACGACAGCAAUUACAACAACGGUAGCUGUGAUGCCAACACCUUGCACGAAAAUAAACUUCACAACGUGAGAAAUCUUGAUGAGCCCGAUGGCAUAGGCAACGGAAGUGACGUAAGCGCUUGCAGUAUUGAUGCCAAUCUUUUGGCUGAAAUGAACGGCAGCACCACUGCUGCUGGCCCCCAUGUAGGUAGCUUGGUUUCCAUCACCAGCGAACAGCAACUCUGUCAGCUAUACAAUUCACAACAGCACUCCGACUACAUAAUAUCCGAUUACAUGGAGAAAAUAGCCACGCGCAUUAGUCUCUUGGAGACUGAAUUGAAAUUUGCUUGGCGUUCUCUCGAUUUGCUCUCCGGCGAGUAUGGUAAAAUUUGGGCGCGAUUGGAGAAACUCGAGAAGAUAUCGGUUGAGCAGCAAUCGGUUGUUAGUAAUUUAAUGGGCUUGAUCGCACUGAAGCAAGAACAUCAGCGUAAACAGCAGCUACAACUCAAUCAAAGCCAGCAGCUGAUUGCCGAGUGUGAGUCACAUUUAGGCUUUAUGGACAGCGAUGUGGUUGCCGAACAGCGUCGCUCACCUUUUGACUACCUCUUGCGCGAUGAACAGUUGUUGAUGUCAAAUUUAGUUGAAGCCGAGCAGCAGGCCAUUCUACUGAACAACUCUGCUGCUGCUCUGCUGCAAGAUAUAGACAUGGAAGGCACUUCGAAGCAAUACAGUAAUCUAUUGCAGGAACUAAAAAAUGACACCUUAGAUGCUUUGGAAGCUGUACGCAUGGAUAGUGAGUUGGACGCACUGGACAAGUUGCUGCAACAGCAAACGAGCCUAAUAUACAGCGGCCAUUUCGGAGAAACAAAACCCGCGUAUAUGAUGUACCCACUUGGCGAACAGGAAAAUUUGCAACACUCUGGCCGCUUUGAAGUGGGCGACGACGCAAACACAGCACUGUCGCAGCUUGCGCACCAUGACGGACUUAGUGGAUCGCUUUCAACUCUGGGCCAUGUCGAGCAGAGGAAGCACCAAGAAGAAGCUGCUGCAAUUACCGCAGCAACAAUGUCACGACACAAACUGUAUUCGGACUCAGAUAUACUUAUUUACGAGCAGCAGAAAAUGCAAGAAAACGACGCUAAAGGCCAACUGCUGCCGCAGUUCUUGAAUAGCCGUCAGUUACUGGAUAAGCUUUCAUCCGGCGGUGGAGGCGAUGAGAAAAUCGAUCGUCUGCAGCAGUACAAGGUGAGCGGUAGCAUGCAGAGCUUACCUUUUGCGUAUGGAGAGGUUUUCGGCUCGACAAUCGCGACAGAUAGCUCACUGAAAAAGGCACACUCACUGGCACACAUAAGACCGCAACUAUUUAGCGAUUUACCCGCCGAAGGGAGUGUUGGAGGCAUAUCAACUGGAAAUGUGACCGAUAUUGAUUUGCCUUUGAUUGAUUUUGUUGAGCAGGUGAAGUUUUUUCGGAAAGCGGCCUCUAAACAUGGCGAGGGCGGGCAAAUUGAUGUGGCCAUAGAGGAUACGGGAGGGACAUGCGAGGAGGCGGCUGGAAACAUUGGCCACAACAAUGAAAUGAACGAAGAAUUUUACAAAAAACUUAACGAGGCGUAUCGUGAUAAUAAUCUGACAACUGAAAUCUCAAAUGUGGAGCGGCUACUGCAGCAAUCCGAGGCUACACACGAACACAUACUAGGCGGCUUGGGUACGUGCACGAACUCCGCGCUGGGUAUGAUACGCGAAGAUAAUGAAGAGUCGCCAGAGGUGCUUGUGCGUCCACGCGAUGAACUAUCGGAAAAUAUGUCUUCCGUGGCUGCAGCAACGACAACUACAAACUUAGUGUCAACAACAACGUCAACAGUUGCGAAAAAGAUGAAGGAUAGCAAGAAGCAAAAGAAAAAAAAACAUCAUAAAGAUGAAAUGGAAAUGUUGAACAACUUGAAGAGUGCAUUGGCAGAGGCCGCAAAAUCAGCAGGGGAUAAUGGGAAAACGCAAACAUGCGCUUGCACAUCUGUCGAUCUCUUCAGCAGUAUCAAUAUAACAACUGGUCCUUAUAUAGGCGAUCGACGCUCAACCGCUUCGUCGUCGGAGGAAGAGAACAGCGGUAUUGGCACACAAUUUCACGGUCAAGACCACUUCUUUUCGCAAUUAAAUGAGGAUAAAACUGUGCUUCUCGAUAGUACAGGCGAGAUACUGCUCAUGGAGAUAAACAAAAUUCAAGACUUGCAAGUACUGAACGGUGCACAAAUACUUAAAUUGCGGCAGUUAGUGAAAAAGGAGGCCGCUUUUUUCGAAAAGAUCCAUAAAUUCAAUAAAAACCUUCUGCUCCUGCUUCUAAAUCCCGUUACAAUGGCUGAGGAAAUGCGGGCACUAGGCAACGACAAGCAGCGCAAAUUCGAGACAGUGAUGAAUAAAUUGGCAAGGAAUAUUGAUACGCUGAAAAAGUUGGUUGGGAAUUCGUUCGAUGACUACAAGCGAAAGUACCUGGCUGACGCUGAGUUAACCUUGAUGAAAGCAGCAGGGGAAGUCUCUGGCGACAACAAAGAGACUGCGUUUACCACGACGUCAACAGCUAAAUCGUCGAAAAAAAAUGGAAAAUCUAAAAAAGGAGCCUUUAAGCAUCACAAAGCAUCACUGGAAUGCGUGCCGGACUUUACGCACACAAACGAUAAAAAAGAUAAACUUGUGGAAAAUAAAUCCUCGCUUGAACAGCACAUUAAUAUUAAAAACAGUGCCAGUAAUAAAGCACAUUUCGACUAUAGUGCGCACUUAUUACGCAAUAAUUCCAAUUUAGAUGAGCAGCUGAAAAUACUAGAAACACAGGAGCAUAAAAUGCGCCUUAAAAAGUUGCAUGACCCCGCCGCUAGCACGAGUGGCAGCAGUGCUGACAUCGUUAGCUGCACCGGCAUUGAGCUACGACAGUCAUAUUCCAACUUCUUGUGUACGGACAACUAUUUGGCCGACAUGGACAUAGAGUUGGAGCGCAUGCUUUUACAAACAUCCACAGGCACGACUAGAAACAGGACAAGUGAAAGCUGUAUAUCGCAGCCGUUCGGUCGGGCGACCUCUGCGACAAAUCUUUACAACAACGAUGAGUACAUUAAAUCGCUGAAGCGCAGCUUAGAGCGACAUAACAGCAUGCUCUUCUUGCUACAUUUGCAAAAUCCCGAUCAACACCACAAAACAAAUGCAUAUCAAGACAUUUUGGCUGUGGACAUUGACGGUAUUCUCUUAGCCGGUGUGGGCGGUUCCCAAAGUCCCCCACCACCAGCACCGAAUGAUGCCCAUCCUGAAGUGUCGAAUGAAUUUAGUGAAAAUGAUAACGCCGUUGUUGACGAUUCAAUACCAUCAAUGCGAUCCUUGAAUCCUUUUCACCAGCAAGCGCAUGCAGCAGCGUAUAGUGGCGCUCAUCAGCAGCUUCAACAUGCCGGCGGCUCGCCAAAACCGACAAAAUCUGAUUCUGGGCUUUCGUCUAUGAGCGGCUUAUCUAGCUGGGAAAAAUCACCCAAUUCUCCUGUGUGCGCUGCAGGAAGCAGUAGUGUUGCUAGUAGUGGUGAUAUAUGUAAUCCCUUCCUUAGCAAGUAUCAAGGCAUUAAUAUAGGCAUGCAGCUCCUAAUGGCUGAAGCGGUGCCCUCGAACAACUGCCACUUAUUAAACUUGGAUAGUAAUGGCUUAAUGGGAGAUCCCAGUGGCAGACUUGAUGUGGGUCAUGAUGUCAAUGAUAUGCUUUUAAAUAUUGGUAGUGCUGACUCUGAAUUGGUGACUACAACACGAGCCGUCACCAUAACCACAGCUUGUUCCGUCAUACCAACAAUAAUCAGCUCAACUAUUGCUACGUUUUCAAACACGCACGAUAAAACAAUGCAGCUACCAACACAGGUGCAACAUCAAAUUCCCCACCAAAAGCCACAAUCUCAAUCGCACAAACAACAACAUAAAGCUCUACAACCAACAGAAAAAGACUACAUGUUUAGCGAAGAGAAUCUGAACUACAUACGGGAACUAUCAAAGAACAUGCCCAUUUGUUCGGUAUACGAGCACAAGUCAAUUUUCAAUAUAUUGAAAAAUGAUGCCUUGGAUGAGAAUAUUCGAACUGUGGAUGAAAUGCUUGCCUGGGAUCAGCAACAGCAGCAGCAACAACCACAAAAUCAGCAGAACCUUGCUACAACUGCUAGCGGAUUCGUCGAACAAAACCACCGCAUUCCGGAUCUCUUGCGCACACCCGUUCAUGCAGAGUCUUCUAAAGGUGAGAGGGAUGUUUUUAUCGAUUCCCACGAAGAUACUUCCAGUGAUAAAGGUGAAUUGCGUGAGACUCAAACACGUAGGCGAUAUCUCACAGAUCGUCUAGUAUACUAUCCAACUUCUAAUGGCAUUGCCGAUUAUAACAGCAGCAAAAACUUGGAUUAUAUGGGCAAGAACAACUUUGACUAUCGGCGAUUUCAAAAUCAACAGCAGCAGCGUCACCAAUCUUACAGAUGUGUAACUGGCGUUGGUUAUGCUGAUGCGUCGUCAUCGCCAAGUGAACCGCCACGAAAGACACCACAACAACAGCAGCAGCAUUUGUUACAGACACAACGACGAACAACACCAGCCACCUACGAAUUGUGCAAUCAGCAGACGCAGGAAAGAAAUAGUUUGCUCGACAGUCGGGCUUAUGUACUACAACAACUGCCUUCCAAUUCACAUCAUCUUAUCGCCUCAGAUUCAUCUGUUCUGCUAGAUUCAAAUACCUCUCAUUUUGGUGGCGUUGUAGCGCGUGAUGGUGCGACUUCCCAAAACAUGACUUUGUCCUCGGCGUCUUCUGGCGCAGUUGGGUUGGCUGGCGGUAUGCCUACUUUGAGUGGCAGUGUGAACAACGCUGUUGCUGGUGGGCAGCCGAUACUCCAUAAGCACCCUAAGGUUUGGAAUAAGCUCACUCAUUUCUUACCGGAAAAUUUCAAAUUGAAACGGUCAUCAAGAUACGGCCGUUCGCAGUCAUUACCCACUGGAUAUGAGAAUGACGCGUGCGGCAGUAAAAUUCAAUCUCGUGGCCAGGCUGGCUCUUACCCCUCUGUUGCUGGUUACAUCACACCCAGUGUUUCCGAUUCCCACACCGAGCCUAAUGGCAGGGAUGUGUCAGAGUCCAUGAUGUAUAACAUGACGGGCCCGGCACCGACGUCGUCAGCCAAAAGGCAGCAGCGUGGAAUAAAGCAUUUGGGGGGCAGCUUCGACUUUUCAAAGCGUCUUCACAAAUUGCCUUUGCAGCUGGUGCAGCGUGCUACGCAUCCGGGCACUCGCACGGUUGCCAGCACAUCUACAUCAUCCGCAACUGCUGCCACCGGUUUAGCCAGCGGUACCAGCAUUAAGAAGAUAAUAGCCGGCAAGGGUCACAAGACUCGCUCUAAGUUUUCGGUGACCGUGAAUAAUUUCAUGCAUAAAGCCAAAACAUACCGGCGGCACAGCUUUGUGCCAGGGAGUAGUGGUGGUGGUGGUACAAUGGCGACGGCGAUAGUGGGUAGUGUCUCGGAUACCGAAGCAGAUUUGCCCAGUUUCACAUCUUCCGACAACGAAGACUCAAUAGUGAGUGAUACUGGAGAAUUAAAUGCGGUUGUGUCCGAUGGCAAGCCUUUUGAUGAUUAUGAUGUUAACGCAUUCGAGGCUCAAAAGUUGCAGCUUCAGAAACACGAUACACAGCACAUGAAGAUACUGCACCAGAAACAGCAACAACAACCAAACCAACAAACGGAUACCAAACUAACUAAACAAGAAGAGGAGUCCAGAGAACAGGACGAAGAAGAUGACUAUGAAGAAGACGUGCCUUCUUAUGGAGAAGUUGACGAAUUCUGUGACACGAAUGAUCAACACUAUGGGACAAAUGACUAUCAAGGAAAUGAAAUUGAAGAAGAUAUCGAUGCAAUAGCAAUGAGUAUGUUCCCUCAAAUAUGCAAAUUAAGUCACACAGAAGUGCCAAAAACUGGCGUAGAAAAAGAAGGCAGUGUCUCACAGUCACCACCAAAAGUAGCGGACGAAAAAACGGAACAAAUAAUUACCAAUAAUAAAGGGAGCCUGUUUCCGGUUAUGAGCGACAUUAGACGCCAGCAUCAAUACCAACACCAACCAACAAACGAUGCUCUUUUCACACCUGCUACACCUGAAGAAUCAAUACCCGGCUCCUGCCCUUUAGCAAAAACUCAGCUGCAUAAAAGUGCCUCCGUUUUCGUAGAUGACGAGGAAUUCGAUUACAGCGAUAGAGGUGACAUCAUGCAGCCAGAAAUACAAGCAGGUUGCUCAUCGUCGACAGUCGGCAAUGAAGCACCCCAGUUGCUAAUAACAAAAUUGAACAAUAAUUCCGAUCUGGCUAGUAUGAGCACAAUCCCUGGCAUGGAGUACACGCUAAAUGGGCAAGGUCAACGAAAUAUUCUAACACAACAAUCGCUCGACGUACCAGCAGGGGGAUUACACGAAGAUGACGAUAACCGUAGCCAACAUUCAUACCGCACCUUAUCGUCGUCACGUCGGCAAAGCACCGAAGACAGCAUUGAUACAGACGAUGAAUACUUUUGCUAUGAAUUGCGGCAGUUGGAAGUGUUGGAACAACAACGCAAAGCUGAGGUACAAGCCGAAGCUUCCGCUGCAGCUGCUACAGUCGACAAUUCUCAAUUGUUCUCACAAAUCGAUCAGCUAGCGCUAAAUAGCACAGCUGGAUAUUACAAUUGCGACGGCAGAAAGUAUGAAGAUGGUGAAAGCGAGUUGUUGUCUGACAAAUAUGAGCCAGAUGAAAGUGUAAAACAACUUAUGUUUGAAGUUUUGAGAGAAUUGAAAUAUGUUGCCAAGCAACUACCAGCUACUGAUGAUUCCAAGUCCGAGGAAGCCACCAAAGCUCCACCAAAACGGCAGCAUUUCCAGCGGCGAAGCUCAACAAAAUCAAGCGUAAAUACGUUCGAACGAGUAACAAAAGUGACGGAUAUGCAUAGUGCGUGGCAAGAUGCUAAUGGCGAUGAUCUGCAACGCAAAUAUUCGGAUAUUGAUGCGGAUAAAUACGCGGGUGUCAAUGCUGCCAGCAGUGUUGCUUUGGAUGAAUUUAACCCAUUGCACGCCAUGGAGAGCAUCGAAGAAGCUGCCCGGCAUGAUUUCGAGAAAUGUCAGCGGCGGCAACAGCGUCAGCUUCAACUGCAGACACAGAAUGUGGCAAGUGUUGAGCGUGCGGUGCCUCAGAAACGUUUUAGAAAACGACGGGACAGGCGUCGUACGAACGACAGUUGUUUAGAUAAUGAAGCGAGCCACGAGUUGCAUCAUUCAGCAAGCUCCUCAUAUUCAUCCGAAGAGGAAGCUGCGAGCGCUAUGAAACGCUAUAAAGAGAAGGUAAAACCGGCUCAAAUACGUGGAAGUAGCAGUAGUGACAAGCACAAGCGUGCAUCUAUGACACGAGCAAUUCCACAUGAACCCGAAUUCUAUGGCGAAAUUGUGCCAAAUGAAUUGCAAAUAACCGAAGCUAUGCAGUCGUCAACUGAUGAUAAAGUAGUUGCGAUUGAUGAAAAUAUCGAUGAUGAAGAGUUUAAAAAUCUGAGUAUGUCAUCCGGUUCCACACUUGGUCCAGAUACGCCAGCUGAACUAAGUGAGGAAUUGGAGGGCGACCAGCUAACAUACAAGACUGCACCUAACUACCAAGCAUUCAAAGAUAAUCAUAGACGAACGGAAAUAGUCAAUGGAGAAGUUCAAGAAAUUAUGAAUGCUUCACAAAGUAGUGAUGCUCAUUCCGCUCAUAAACAUGCUAAUCAUAUUUCGGUUGAAGCUACAGACAGUACGCAGUCGCCUCUACUCCAGGCGGGAAAAGAAAUAGAAACAGAAACUCAAAUAGAGCCAUCGAAACCACCAUCACGACUCAUAAGUCAUGAUUCUAGUAUUGAGAGUAGUGGCACUCAGGUAACUAACGGCAACGCAUCUGUACUCGGAAGUAGCAAAUGGAAGCUUUUGAAAACACUCAAAGAACGUAAAAUCGAAGAAAAAAUUAAUCAGGACAAAAUUAAAGAUGAUGAACUUACCAAAGAUCGAGAAAAGAAUGGCAGUGGAUCUGGAGAUAUUGGUAUACGUGGCGGUGGACAUCCUGGGGAUAAUCCAUUCUAUAGUAAUAUCGACAGUAUGCCAGAUAUUAGACCACGCCGGAAAUCCAUACCUCUUGUGUCGGAACUUGUGCUCAAGACUAUGGCUGCCACCAAGCGCAAUGCCGGACUAACUUCAGCUGUACCUCGGGCCACAUUGAAUGACGAAGAACUGAAAAUGCACGUCUACAAGAAGGCUCUGCAAGCGCUCAUCUACCCAAUUUCCUCCACAACGCCGCAUAAUUUCGUGCUAUGGACAGCGACAUCACCGACGUACUGUUAUGAGUGUGAGGGAUUAUUAUGGGGCAUCGCCCGUCAAGGAGUUCGCUGUACAGAAUGUGGAGUGAAAUGUCAUGAAAAAUGUAAAGACUUAUUAAAUGCCGAUUGCCUGCAAAGAGCCGCCGAAAAGAGUUCGAAGCAUGGAGCAGAAGACAAAGCCAAUUCGAUAAUAACGGCCAUGAAGGAUCGCAUGAAGCAGCGUGAGCGGGAAAAGCCCGAAAUUUUCGAGCUGAUACGGAUGACAUUUGGUGUGGAUCCAGAUACACACAUAGAUUCAUUAGAACAAGCCGAGCGCGCAACUGUUGAGGGAACAUCCAAAUGGUCAUGCAAGUUGACGAUUACAGUGAUAUGUGCUCAAGGCCUGAUAGCGAAGGAUAAAAGCGGUACCAGUGAUCCCUAUGUGACGGUGCAAGUUAGCAAGGUGAAAAAGCGUACACGUACAAUGCCACAGGAGUUAAAUCCUGUGUGGAACGAGAAGUUUCACUUCGAAUGUCACAAUUCUUCGGACCGGAUAAAGGUUCGCGUUUGGGAUGAAGACAACGACUUGAAAUCGAAAUUGCGUCAGAAGCUAACUCGCGAAUCGGACGACUUUUUGGGUCAAACCAUAAUUGAAGUACGCACACUGUCGGGCGAAAUGGACGUUUGGUACAAUUUGGAGAAGCGUACGGACAAAUCAGCGGUAUCUGGAGCUAUACGCCUGCAUAUCUCGGUCGAAAUAAAGGGCGAGGAGAAAGUCGCACCCUACCAUGUACAGUACACAUGCCUGCAUGAAAAUCUUUUUCACUAUUUAUGCGAAGAAAAUGGAGGAAUGGUUAAACUGCCUCAACAAAAAGGUGACGAUGCUUGGAAACUAUAUUUUGAUGAAAUUCCGGAGGAGAUCGCUGACGAAUUCGCGAUGCGCUAUGGAAUUGAAAACAUCUACCAGGCCAUGACCCACUUCCACUGUCUAUCCACUAAGUAUUUAUGCCCUGGAGUUCCUGCCGUGAUGAGCACAUUACUAGCAAAUAUUAAUGCCUACUACGCGCACACGACAGCGUCAUCGGCCGUAUCCGCGAGUGAUCGUUUUGCUGCAAGUAAUUUUGGAAAAGAGAAAUUUGUGAAAUUAUUGGACCAAUUACACAAUUCGCUUCGCAUCGACCUCUCCAUGUAUCGUAAUAAUUUCCCGGCGUCUAGUCAGGAGAAACUAAUGGAUCUUAAGUCAACGGUGGAUUUACUGACCAGUAUCACAUUUUUUCGCAUGAAGGUCCAAGAACUAUCUAGUCCGCCACGAGCGAGUACAGUGGUCAAAGAUUGCGUAAAAGCUUGCCUUAGAUCCACCUAUCAAUUCCUCUUCGAGAAUUGUUAUGAACUGUAUAAUAGGGAAUUUCAGGUGGAUCCAAACGAAGCAAAACGUGACUCUGACGACCACGGUCCAAAAUUGGAUAAUGUUGAUUUUUGGCAUAAGUUGAUCGCGUUGAUCGUGUCUGUCAUCGACGAGGAUAAAAAUAGCUAUGGCACUGUUUUGAAUCAAUUCCCACAGGAAUUGAAUAUCGGGCAGCUGUCAGCUGCGACGAUGUGGAGUCUAUUCGCGGUCGAUAUGAAGUACGCGUUAGAAGAGCAUGAGCAGCAUCGUCUUUGCAAAUCUUCGGCUUAUAUGAAUCUGCAUUUUCGCGUGAAAUGGCUUUACAGUAAUUAUGUAAAGGAGGUGCCUCCGUAUAAGGGAGCUGUUCCCGAAUAUCCCGCCUGGUUUGAGCCAUUCGUCAUGCAAUGGUUAAACGAGAAUGACGAUGUAUCUUUAGAAUAUCUACAUGGCGCAUUCAACCGUGAUAAGAAGGAUGGGUUCCAAAAGAGCAGUGAACAUGCCUUAUUUUCAAACUCCGUUGUUGAUGUAUUUACGCAAUUGACGCAGUGUUUCGAUGUUGUUAGCAAACUCGAGUGUCCGGAUCCAGAAAUCUGGAAGCGUUACAUGAGACGUUUUGCCAAAACAAUCGUAAAAGUUCUGAUCGCAUACGCGGAUAUCGUCAAGAGGGAAUUUCCGGAGCACAUGAAAGAUGAGAGAAUUGCGUGCAUACUUAUGAACAAUAUACAACAACUGAGAGUGCAAUUGGAGAAAAUGUUUGAAUCAAUGGGAGGUGAUAAAUUAGAGGAAGACGCCGCGAAUAUUCUGAAGGAAUUGCAGCAGAAUCUGAACUCGGCGUUGGACGAUUUGGCAUCUCAAUUUGCUAUUAGCCUCGAGCCACGGAUCACACAGUCAGUGCGCGAACUGGGAGAUCUGCUGCUCUCUAUAAAAGGUGGCGGCAACAUUAAUUCCAAUCAAGCGGCACAGCGAAAUGCGGUGGCUGUUGAAGCCGAUGAAGUACUUAGGCCACUAAUGGAUUUAUUGGAUGGCUCUCUAACGCUCUAUGCUCAGUCCUGUGAAAAAACAGUACUGAAACGGUUGCUCAAAGAGCUUUGGAAAAUUGUAAUGCGUAUUCUAGAAAAGACUAUAGUGUUGCCUCCAAUGACUGAUAAGACUAUGAUGUUUAAGCAUCUAACAGAUAAUGCUAAGAAUCUUGCGUCGAAUGCCAAAAUCGAAGACAUGGGUAGACUAUUCAAAAGCCAUAUGGCUGGUAAGCAAGAUGUGAAGAGUGCCCUUAGCGGUGUGAUGGAUAUCUCCAAGGAGGUGGAGAAGAAUUUAUCACCCAAACAAUGUGCUGUAUUAGAUGUUGCCUUAGAUACCAUAAAGCAAUAUUUUCAUGCUGGCGGCAAUGGACUCAAAAAGACAUUCCUUGAAAAAUCACCAGAGCUGCAAAGCCUGCGAUAUGCUUUAAGUUUGUACACGCAAAUGACGGAUACGCUUAUUAAGACUUUUAUUUCCAGUCAAGUACAUGAAAUUGAUCCGGAAAAUCAGGAAGAAAGCGUUGGUGAAAUAUCAGUACAAAUUGAUCUUUUCUCGCAUCCCGGAACCGGCGAACAUAAAGUUAACAUUAAAGUGGUUGCAGCGAGCGAUCUGAAAUGGCAAAUUCCGUCGGGAAUGUUUCGGCCGUUUAUUGAAAUCAAUUUGAUCGGGCCCCACUUACAGGAUCGGAAGCGCAAAUUUGCUACAAAAUCCAAAUCAAACAACUGGUCGCCGAAGUAUAAUGAAACGUUUAAUUUCACAAUCGGUAACGAAGAGCAGUUGGAGUUCUUCGAAUUGCAUAUCUGCGUAAAAGACUAUUGUUUCGCUAGAGACGAUCGCCUAGUCGGAGUUGCCGUCAUACCGCUUAAAGACAUAUCGGAAAAGGGUUCGGUUGCAUGUUGGCUGCCAUUACAACGUCGUAUACAAAUGGACGAGACUGGCUGGACAAUCUUACGAAUCUUAUCACAACGUAAUAAUGAUGAAGUGGCCAAAGAGUUUGUCAAACUAAAAUCAGAAAUACGCCAGGAACCUAUGAUGGGCACAUAACUCGAUUAAAUUGUUGCAAUAUCGGAAAAUAUUUAAUUACUAAAAUAAAGUAAUUAAAUUUGAAACUGAAUGUAAAAAUUAAUUAACUAAUUAACAAUAUAUAAAUUCAUAUCGUCGUUUAAAGUACAAAACCGUGUAUCAAGAUAAUGCAAAACCGCGUAUAUGAGGUUGCUUAAAUUUUACAAUAGGGCUUAAAAACAUCUGAUUUCAAAACGGUUCUCUGUUUUAUAAAAGAAUCAUAUUGCAGGCUAAUUUUAUAAAUCGACAUUUUGGUAAGAAUGGGUAAGGCUUGAUGUCAGGAAAUUCCGGUGAACAAAUCUAAUUUUUGGCACAAAUGUCAGUUACGCGGUUUUGCAGAACGACGAUACGCCGUUUUCUACUUUUAGCGACGAUAUACUGUAAUAAUAUUGCAAAUAAUAAGUACCAAUAUUAAUAUAAAAUAUAUUUAAUAGUAAUAAAAAAAACACAAUACACGGUUAUAUGUAUAUGUCAUUACACGGUUAAUACCAUUACUAUUAAAUUUUUAAAAUACAGAAAAUAAAAAUAUAUUA